GUCGGUCUUUAACGGUGCGUCGUCUCAUUCCGCGCGCUAGUCUAGUACGGCGCAUUUUACAGCAAAAUCCUUCUCAUAUCACGAUAAAUAUAGAUAUACUAUUGUCCGCAUUAUUUCGCAGUUUAUUUACGUUGAGUGUACGGUAAAUCUCAAAGUAAUCGCGUCAUAAACGCAGUCCUAGUUUUUUGGGCGUUUGAAAUCGGACACCGCUAUAACGUCUCCCCUCUGCGCGGAGGGAUACACUGUUGCAGCUGACAAUGUGGACGGUGCUAAAAUGUCUCCUCGGAAGAUGAGAUGUUACAUUUGUAGCGCUCAGAAGAAUUAGAAUAUAACUCUAGACAGAGUUACAUUUGAGCGCGGUUACAUUGUAACAACUCUCGACCAGGACUGUUCGUGUUUCUCGGGAAAUAGGAGGCGUUUUACACCGUGAUUAAGCGGGAUCUGAGACGCGGAGGGGGAAAUUUUUGUCCCCCAACUUUUGUGUUUUUCCUCUCGGGCUGAAGCGCGUUUCUCUCCCGCUGGAUGCCGCGCGCGUGACGUGAGAAACGGAUCAUAAACCUGUUUGAGCUGAGAGCGAGAGAAAGAGAGAGACGUUUGAGCGAGAGAAGCAGAUCAAGAGCACACAGGACCAGGAUGGCGACGGUGGGGACCGACAUGGAGCUGAACGACCUGCUGGAUUUCAGUCUUUUGAUUCCUCUUCCUGUGUCGAACGGGAAGAACAGAGGCCCUACUUUACCCAGCAGUCAGUAUGUUUUGGAUGAAAGAAGUGGCUCCGGCUCUUGGGCUUCUGGAGAAGCGAACGGUCCCUCGUUUGGCGCACGGCUGUAUGGAGACGGCCAUCACUACCCUGAGCAUGACGGCAUGUACAACUUAGAGAUCGACGGGAAAUCUGAGCGAGGAUACCCCGUCACACAGCCGCAGCUCAUGAGCGCUGAUAUUAGCGAUGGUCUUUCUCCUCCGGGAAUGAAAGUCCCUUCUCAGUUCUACAGUCCUCAUCGCCGGAGGGUCGCUGACUCCAGUUUAGAUCCACUGCCCAAGAAGAUCCGGAAGGUUCCUUCUGGCCUGCCGUCAUCUGUGUCUUCGGUUUAUCCCGGCUGUGAGGACUAUAACCAGGAUGGCUCCGGAUACCCCGGAUCCAAAGCUGCAAACCUUUAUCCAGGCUCUUACUGGCAGGAUGGGCUUCCGGAUCAUUGGGGACAGUCCAGCUAUCCUCCGGUCAUGAGUAACUCUCCUCACAUCGGUCAGCAGGCUCCGUUCCCCUCCAUAAACACACAGAAGCGCCAGCCUUUGCCCCUUUCACCGCAGAACUACCCUCUGCACGGGAGCGAGGUCAACUUACCCACCAGCUUCCACCCGGCCUCGGCUGGAUACGGCGUUCCCAACCACACACCGCCCCUCAGCUCCUCCGAGAGCAUCAUGGCGGUCAGCAGAGCUGGAAACCCAGGCAGCUCCGGCGCGGAGAUCGGGAAAGCUCUCGCUUCGAUAUAUCCCUCUGACAAUAACAGCUUCUCCUCGAGUCCCUCCACUCCUGUGGGCUCUCCUUCAAAUGUUCCUGCUUCUGCAUCUCAGUGGCCCAAAGGCUCUUCUCAGCCCAGUUUUGAGCCUGGACUGCAGGCUGCGAAUAAGAUGGAUGAUCGUCUGGGUGAAGCGCUGCAUGUGUUGAGGAAUCAUGCGGUGGGCGCAGACAUGCACAGUUUACUGAGCGGACAUCCAGCUGGAGCUCUGGGCUCCAUCAGUCAGGCCUUCGGGCUCAUCAGCCGUCUGCCCGGACUAAUGUCAAAUCACAGUGAUGAUGCCGCAGGCUUGCCACAGUCCAGUGCUCUUCUGCAGGGACACCACGCCCCCCAUCAGGCUCCGCCCACUUCCCAGUCUGACACCUUUACCAGUCUUUCUCUGCCUCGUUCCUCCAGCUCUGAAAUAAAGCGAGAGGAUAAGGAAGAUGAUGAGAACCUGUCUAUUGGAGAUAAAUCAGAGGACGAGAAGAAAGACGGAAAAAGCCGCACGAGAACGAGUCAAGAUGACGAAGAAGAUGAUGAGGAUUUGCCGGUUGAGGUGAAGGCGGAGCGGGAGAGAGAGCGGCGCGUGGCCAAUAACGUCCGUGAGCGUUUGCGUGUGCGUGACAUCAACGAGGCCUUCAAAGAGCUGGGCCGCAUGUGCCAGAUGCACAUGAACAAUGAGAAACCCCAGACCAAACUGCUCGUCCUUCACCAGGCCGUAAACGUUAUUCUCAACCUGGAGCAGCAAGUGCGAGAGCGUAAUCUGAACCCGAAGGCCGCGUGUCUGAAGAGGAGAGAGGAGGAGAAGGUGACAGGAGAGCCGCAGAUGCUGACCGGUCUGGGUGGAGACGGACACGGACAUAUCUAACAUUCAGAUCCUGAUGUUAAGAAGCUCUCCGUCGACGUGGCCUUAUCUUCCCGUUUUUGUUCCAGAGUCCACACAAACACACAAACACACACACACAUUCGUGAUUUAUAUAUUAUAAACAGAUGUGUUGAAGACUCGCAUACACACAGUAACUUCCUCCGAACACAGUAUGUCCUCAUCAACACGUGCGAUCAUGGACCAUCGGUGGAAAUCAGCGUCUGCGGCCCGGAUGUCCUGCUGUUUGAUGCUGGGAUGUUAGAUUUACAGUGUGCUGUUCUAGAGCACACAAACACACACACACACACAUACACACACACACACACACACCCAUGAGCCUUUGUAUUCAACGCAAGGUCAAGCUCUGCCUCGGGAACAGAUUCCUGUUUUCUUUGUAGUUCAUGUAUUCAAGUUUGGCUUUCUUUUGUACCGUUUUGUGUUUAUGAUGUAGAGAGAAAUGUUCAGUUUUGAUGCGCGAUGUUUAUGGUUCUGUUUGGGGAUCGCCACUAAUGUGUGAAUCCCACAAAACCGCUCACAUUUCACCUCUAAAAAUAAAAGUUUUUUUUUUUAAGGAAUAUAAAGCCUGUUUUAUGGAACAUUAAGAUUUUUCAAAAAUCUUUAAAUUUUUAUUGUAAUGCAAAAAAAAUUACAUUUAAAUGUAAAUGAUAUAUAAUAAUGCAUUUAUUGUGUGUCCUUUAUGCUAAUUUAAAUUUAUAGAUUUUUUUUUUUUUUGCUGUAUGACAUUACAUAUAUAACGAUACAAAAAUAAAAACUAUAAACACUUGGACACAUUAAGAUAACGGUGAAAACUAAAUUUUGUUAUAUAAAAUAUUAUACUAUUUUAUUUUGAGGGGUUGAUGUAUCUGAACGUGUUUUUGUUUUUCACUCUAAUAUCUGCGUUCAUCCAAAAGAAAUGGAACGAUUUUUUUAUUUUAUGGAAAAUAAAGCCUGUUUUACAGAACAUUAGGAUUUUUCAUUCUGAUAUUUUUAUGGCAAACAUUAAAAAUUUCAUUAAAAAAAAAGGAAAUGUAAAUUAUUCAUCAAGUGUUUAGUUUUUGUCAUUUAUUCUGAUUUAAAUUUAGUUCAUCGUUACUUUUUUCUUUUUUUACGUUACAUUUUAAGAAUUUCAAAAACAAUCGGAUACCUUAAGGUAAUAAUUUUUUUUUUAAAUGCUUGCUUUUUUUUCACGAAAAAUAUUUUUUUUAUAUAAAAUACAAUGCAAUUGUAUUAUUUUGACGGGGUGAAAUAUCUGAACGUGUUUUUGAUUUUCACUCUACUAUCCUAAAGAAAUGGAAAAAUAUUUUUUUAAUAGAAAAUUAAGCCUGUUUUACAGAAACAAAUUCUUAUAACCCACACAUUCGCCUCAAAAUUCCAUGAUUUUUUUUUUAAUGUAAACUAUUCAUUGAGUGUUUAUUUUCUGUGUCAUUUAUUUUGGUUACAAUAUUUUUUACUGUAUUUUACUGUAUCACAAAAACACUCAAAAAAAUGCAUAAGUCAUAAUGAUCCUAAAAGUAGGCUUUACUUAAAUUUUUUUUCAGGUCAAGUAUAUUUUUAAUUUAUUUUUUAAUUUAUUUUAUUUUUGGGGUGAAAUAUCUGACGGUGCUUUUAUGGGAUUCGCUAUAAAAAUAUCUGCCAUCAUUCACCAGAGUACCAGAGCUUGUGUUUUUCAUUGUGGAUUUCUGAAGUAUUGGAAAACGCUGGAUGAUAUUUUCUUGUUUUUGUGUGUCUCUCAUUUAGAAGUAACUCGUGUAAUAUCGUCGCGAACCGAACGACGCGAAUGAACUGCAGAGAAAACCUCUCUAUGCAGGUGUGUGACUGAGUCUGAGCAUUUCAGCCAUGUAUUAUCACACAUUUCUGAGGCCAUCUAUCAGUUUGCUUUGGAUUUAACGUAAGCUGGACUUUGAGUUUCACCCAAUACGAACUCAAUCUGACCACUCGAAUAGUUAGUAGUUAACAGAUUUAUUAGCGUUGUGCUGUGCAUUCGAUCAACUUGAUGUGUUGAUUCAUGAAUUUGCUGCCACUUGUCAAUAUUUCUACAUGAAGUAGAGAAAAAUAGGGUCUUUACAAGCCGACCCAGAGUUGUUGUUUUUUUUUUUUUUUACUUCUUUUAUAAAGUUCUGUUAAAUGUUUGUGUUUACUUGUUUUAGUUAUUAUCUAUGUUGAUUUUAAAUGUUAGAUGCUGAAGUACGCCAGGAACAAAUUGUGUUUCAUAUUUCUGUUGCAGUUCUAUUACUGGAGAGCUUGGGUAUAAUUUGUGGUUUGGAGAUGGCAGUUUUGCGUUUAACACACAGAAAUGUUCCUUAUUGUUUAUAAGGUGAAUAAUCACUGUGCUCAAAUGCAAAACCAACAUUAGUGGUUUCAUUCUUGAUGAUUGAAAGGAAACAGUUGGUUGAGUUUAUCUAUAGAGAUCUUUUUCUUUUUCUUCGUUAGUACUAACAUCGUCUUUUACACCUGAAAGAUGAUUAUAUUAAUUAUUCUCGUUUAUGUAUUGCAAAAAUGUAAACUCUUAAAGUGCCUGCAUCGUUUUGUUCAGUUUUAUCCUGGAGUCAAGUCAGGUUUUUAUUCAGACGUCACGUCUUGUGGCUUCAACUUGAGAAUAUUUUAUAAAUUCACAUGAAGAGCGACGUGAGAAUUCCAGAUGUAUGUUAACGUGAAUUCUUGCUCCUCGGCAAAUAAAGAACUUUCUUUGUAAA